UUUGCUUUUAAUGUCUUUUAACGAAGCUACGAUAUCACGAUACUUAAAACAUCAUACGCUGAGUACUGGUUGCUGUCGAGCACCUCCUGAUAGAGUCUUAUAAUAAAAUCACCAAAAACACUUUCUCUUUAACCCCUAUUCACUUCUCUGGAUUGAUCAUGCGGUUAUUUUGGUUACUGACAUUACUUCAGGUCUCCCCCGGCCUAACAGCCUGGAUUUGGGCUUCGAAUAACGGGAUCCGGUCAUAUCGUCAAGGCAAGCUCACUAGACGAGUUUUGCAAGAUAACUACUCUCCUAUACCGGCAAGCCAGGAUCCUCGCCCCGAGGGCCAUCAACGUAUCCGUAUCAUUGCAAAUUCCUCAGAUCCAGAGACAAAUUGCACAGCUGGGGGGAUACCACCGAACGCAACCCCUAUUCUGGAACCAUCUGGACCCGAGGCUAACCCGGAAAACACUACCAUGCCUCCGCCAACAGACAUCUUCGGCAUGCCAAUUGCAACGAGCGCUCCUUCGCCGAUUUUCCCGGUCCGAAAAGACCAUCCAGUUGCUCGAACAGGGAUAAAUGGACCGGCACCGAUAGGCACGAACAAAUUCUACGCCAAUUUCUUCCUCGGUAAACAGGUCUCGCCUACGUAUGUGCAUCCUUAUUCAGUGGUUUGGUCGCAGGGCCAGGGAGCCUCGUCCAGUUGGGGAUUGGCGAUAUCGCAUACAGAAGCAGACCAGAUUACCUACGGUGAGGUGUCGAGCGAGACAGGUGCCGCUAGAUAUUUCUUAAACCCUAUCGGUAUUCAGUCUCUGUGUCUCUCGGCACAGGAACUAGGGCCACAAACCACUUUGACGACUGACAGUCUCUCGUCACAGUCGGCUAAUGUCAACCUACAAGCUGACUCGAAGGCGAAGCCUAUAGUCACAUUCCCACUGGUGCAAGGCAUGGGGUUCGUUACGGCCAUCUACAAAGGAGGAACGCCGGUCAUCAGCACUGGUAUCUUCUUCAAGACGGUCACGAAAUCGAUCAAAGGGCCCAAGGAAGGCGUGACCAAGUACACCUUAUAUCUGGAAAACGGUAAAGUAUGGCAUGUUUACGCCUAUUCGGAGAAGGGUGACACUUUCGACCUCACCGUAGUCAACAACAAAUUAGCCAAGGCCGAGAAACCUUUCGACGGUAUCGUUCAGGUCGCAAAAGAUCCAGGCAAUGCUGAAACUAUAAUCGAUGCCGCAUCUGGGGCAUACCCAACUGGUGUAGCUCUCUCCGGCUCGAUCUCUGGGUCGAAGGGUACAUAUUCCUUCACCUUCCAGAAGGGAGGACUCUCGAGUGCCAAGCUACUGAUGUACGCUCUGCCUCAUCAUUAUGAUGCUUUCGAUGAUGCUACAUAUAAAAGUAUGACUCCGGCAAAGCUGCAAACUACGACCAAGGGAAUGGCAGUAGGUGUCGUCGCAGAUUCGUGGACAAUGGUUGAGCCGAAUAUGCCCAUUUCAAUGGGAUUCGCUCCAUGGGAUCCCGUCGAUGGCGAGAAGAAGACUUUGAGCGACUCAGCAAUUAAACAGAUCAGCCCGAUAGCGGUUAAUGAGACCGCUCAGGACGUAUCACAGCAGUCGGAUCAAAAUUCGAUGUAUUUUGGCGGAAAGGCAUUGGCGAAGUUUGCCGGAAUUUGUUACACGGCCAAUGACUUGCUGAAGAACACGACGUUGGCUCAGACUGGUCUGAAGAAAUUGAAAGUCGCCUUUAGUCGAUUCGCAACAAACAGACAGCAAUUUCCGCUCUAUUAUGAUUCUGCUUGGGGAGGGUUGGUCUCUUCGGCAACCUACCAGACAGGAAAUAACGGCGCGGACUUUGGCAAUACAUUCUACAACGACCACCAUUUCCACUACGGCUACUUUAUCUACGCCGCUGCCAUCAUCGGUUACCUCGACCCUGGUUGGCUAACCAAAGAAAACGUCGACUUUGUGAACACGAUGGUCCGAGAUAUCGCCAAUCCUUCUCCCUUAGACAAAUAUUUCCCAAUUUUCCGCAAUUUUGACUGGUAUCAUGGCCACAGCUGGGCACAUGGCCUAUUUGAGACGGCUGAUGGAAAGGACCAGGAAUCGAGUUCGGAAGACGCGAUGCAUGCCUAUGCUAUCAAGAUGUGGGGAAAGACGAUCAAGGAUUCUAAUAUGGAGGCCCGGGGUAAUCUGAUGCUAGCUAUCAUUGCUCGCUCUCUCAACCGAUACUACCUCUACACAGAAGACAACAAGGUACAGCCUCCGGAGUUUGUUGGUAACAGGGUUGCCGGUAUUCUGUUCGAGAAUAAGUGCGAUCAUACGACGUACUUCGGGUCGAACAUUGAAUACGUCCAAGGUAUCCAUAUGAUACCGCUGUUGCCUAGCACGAAGCUCACUCGACCCGCUAAGUUCGUCAAACAAGAGUGGGCGACGUACUUUGACAACGGACGAGCCGACAACGUCGACGGAGGCUGGAAGGGAAUUCUUUACGCCAAUCUGGCCACGGUUGAUCCUCAGGCCGCAUGGAAAUUCUUUACGCAGGAGGACUUCGAUUCCGCAUGGCUAGAUGGGGGCGCUUCGUUGACGUGGUAUCUGGCGUACAGCGCAGGUAAGUCCAGAUUGGUUCUAGUUUUUGAACCGUAGGUGAACUGACUAUUUCCAAGCCU